GGGGGGAGGGGGAGAAGGAGAGAGUGAAUUCCUCCCCAAACUGGCUGCCCCAGCUCUGCACUCUGGUGCGUGGAGCCCAGCAGUCCCUGGGAGAGGGGCUCUGACGUCACCCAGAGAGGUAGUUUCCAGCCCGAGCUGUCAGUCCGUGUGUCAGGUUAGGCAUUAAAGGCACAUUUAACAGCCCCUUCCCCAAACCCCUCCUCUUGAGCAGCCGCGGCACACAAAGGGACUUGACUUGUCCAUCUCCCCGGCCCGCGAGGAUCCAGCAUCAGCUGCAAACGCUCCUCACUGCCAAGACCUGGACUGAAACUCAGCCGGGAGCGCAGGAGGCAAAGAGGGGGUGUGAGCAAGAGGAUGAAGCCGACCAGAAAAAGUGAGUCGCGGAAGUUGCUUGCUGGCGGUGGUGGUGGUUCGCCUGUUUCGCCCCUUUUCCGUGCUGGGAAAAACUUCUUGGAAGGCCUGAAUCAAGACCGAUCAGCUAGCAGUUCCACCAUGUCGGACAGUGACAUAGGGGAAGAAGAUGGAAUUGUAUCGCUGGAUCUGUCACAGGCUGGCAAGAGGAAGCGAAGAGGCAAUCUUCCGAAGGAGUCAGUGAAGAUUCUACGGGAUUGGCUGUAUGAACACAGGUUCAAUGCGUAUCCAUCUGAGCAAGAGAAACUCAGUCUCUCCGGACAGACAAAUCUUUCUGUUCUCCAGAUCUGCAAUUGGUUCAUCAAUGCUAGGCGCAGGCUUCUUCCUGACAUGCUGCGGAAGGAUGGCAAGGACCCCAACCAGUUCACCAUUUCCCGCCGAGGUGCCAAAGCCAGUGACGUUGCGCUGCCCCGCGGUGCCGUCACCAGCUCUGGCUUGUUGAUGGUGCCUCCUGCCACCGGGGCCGCCUCUGCCUCCAAGGUGCUGUCCAUGUCCGUGUGCCCCUCCAUGAUCUGCCACUCUGCACAGCCUCUUGCUGGCAACUUGACUGUGGUGACCAGUGAGCAGGAGAAGCAGUCUGCGUUCCAGCGGGUUGAGCUGGAUUCUCACCCCAAGCAGCCACAGCUGAGUGCAACAAGCAACACCCUGGCUCUUCUGACCAGAGCAGAGGCAGCCAGUCCCACGAAUGGACUGUUCAACACACCGCCUCCGACGCCACCGGAGCUCUUUGGAGAGGACUUCAGUAGCUUCCAGCUGCUGGUGGAAGUAGCCUUGCAGAAAGCAGCCGAGCUCGACUCGGAGAGGUUGAAUGGGCAGCUUCCCCCUUCACUGCAGAGGGAGUCUCCCCCUGCUGUCCUCUCUGGAAAGGCCAAGUAGUCUGCUCCAGCCUCGUGCCUUCUUGGAGGGUCUCCUUUCUUCUUCCAGGUUCAGUUUUUGGUUGGCCUCUACAGGGAGGGGCCACCUGCUAGAUGUUAACACUGUGAUACGGCUUCCUCUCAACCAGGUGUAUGGCCAAAGAAGCCAGCCUUGUUUUGGCGCUGUGCUGCUGACUCAUCUCUGAAGCAAGCCACUUGACUUGACCUUACGAAACACUCUUUCCUCAGAAGACAAUGCAGCAUCCUUUGGUUGGCAGAAACGCUUUAGAUCCUCUUGAAGCCGUGUGGAAGACACUGUCUUUGGCCAGGUGCAACUGAAAUCACGCACAGAAGGGUCUUGAAAGGGCUCAGGUGCUCUGAGAGAACACUGUCGCUAGUUGGUAUUUUAUUACUGGGACUAGUUUCGAUGUGGAGAAUGAGUCUCCUUCCCCCAGUUUUUUUUCAAAGCUUGUUGACAUUAUGGGAAAGAAAAAGGGCCUCUCUGGUAUUGGAGGGAGAACAUAAAAAAUAAGUCUUGUUUUUUAAAAGAGUAAAAAAGAUGUGCUGUGCUUUUUCCUGUCAGACGUUCCGGAUGUGCGUUGCUUUAUGAGGAUCUUUUGAUAUGUGUGUAUGUCUUUGUUUAACUGUGGCAUUUUUUUUUGCAACAUGCUCUCCGUACAGUGUGACUGACAGUGGCUGGUUCCUUGCUUCACAUCCAGUGAGAGUCCCUGUGACGGAUGAUCUGACGAUCUGUUAGUGGCAUUGUUUCUCUGCACAUACCCUGGGGAAGAGUGGGGGCACAGCCUUAUGAAUAUUGAUGCCAGUAAAAUGAGUGUGGUGCUGAUGAUCAAUUUUGUAGGUGCUGCCAGAAAGGUACCUGUUUUUUGGGCAGAGGGAUCCCCAUUCCUUCUCUUUAUGGUGCUCACUUCCCUGUUUUCUUCUAGAUGAUGUCCAGAGAUGUGCAAAUGUGACCAUAGAUCUGUGUUGGGACAUUGCUGACCAAAAACAGUAGAGGGCAUUUUGGGGAGGGAGUAAGAAAUAAGAUUGCUGACUGUGAAGUUGCUUUAACCCCUCCCCACUUUCUUUAUUGGACUGUCUACUGUCUUGCAAGCAAAGUGUGUCUUGCAUGAGGGCAUUCCCUGGUAAUCCAAGGUGUCUUAAAGGGUGCGCUGACAAAAACUACCUAGCUGAAUUGCAUCCUUGUUGGUGUUUGUAUCCUUGUUUUCAUCAUGCUGAAUGUAGUUACUCCUUUGCUGAUGGAUCAAGGGUGCUGCUCUCUGAAGACCAGGAAGGGAAGUUGAACAGAGCAGGGUCUUCCACGAAUCACAACUCCUCUGUCAGGCUGAAGCUGACCCUGAAAUUGCUCUGUGAUUUUUUUUAAAAAAAUGUACAGUGUAUCUGCAGCCCUGAUAGAGUUUUGAACCCAGCAAUAGCACAGAGUUGCAUAUUAGAGAAGUAUGUCUUGGGAUUUAGGGGAGGAAAGCUGGGAUUGCUAGUUGCUUGUUCAACAGUAAUAAUGCCUGUCUUAUGUUGUGUUUAUACCACCUUUGCCCUGAGACCAGGAGUCUGCAAACCAUGGAGCAACCUGGGUGACACGAUUAGUUGCCUGUUCCGAAUAGUGCUGUUUCACUGUAAAUGCAAGUUAAAUAGUGAUCUUCUAUAUAUAUAAAUAUAUAUAUACAUAUACAUAUAUCUAUCUUGAGAAACACUAAUUUUAGAAGGCCUUAGCCUAAUUAUUAUGGUGCAUGAAUAGUAAAGAUAAACCCAGGAGAAUGCAACUUUCAGAUUUGUUUUAAACCAGGUGUAUGGACCUGAUGUUGGAGUCUUGGCAAUAAGGAAGGCAAACAGUGAGCACAGUGGGGAAGUGGAACCAGAAGGGCAACACUAUUUCAUUUUUUAAAAAAUUGUAAUUCAGAGAGUGCCUUCCUUUUCAGCAAAACGUGGAUUUAAGGGCUAAGGUUGGUGCAACCUAUAGUUGCUGCUGCGUUUCAGCCUUCACAGUGUAAUCUUAAGCAGAAUUAUGACUUCUAAGCCUAUUGGUUUAAAUGGGUACCAAGGUGUAUCUCUACUUUGGGUUGCACUGUUCGUCUCUAUGAAACUGUAUUUAAAAAGCUGCCAUUCCUAAAGCUAUGGUCAAAGCCUUACAAAUUUCCUAGAUGCUGCUUGUUUCUCUGUUUAAAGUGCAAAAAGACCCCUUUUGGUUGGGAUAUUUGUAAUACCUGUCUCUCAUGCAGGAGAUUCAUCAAAUGCAAGUAAUUACCUGGCUAUGUGCAUCACCUGUUGUUUCCAUUGAUUUCUGAAUGGUGGCGCCUUCCACAUCCCCUUGUCAGAAAUAUUUGCAAAUGCACGGCUAUUCCCUUUCUGAAAGGUGGGAUCACCUUCAAAUUGCUUAGAAUGUUUGUCUCAGUCCCUGGCUCUACCAGGAUAAUGUAACAUUGAAAUCAACUGGCCAAGCAGUAGUCCUAAUACUUCUUGGGCUGUGUUUGAAUAAUGGGGAAAAUUAGUUGCAACCAAGUCAAGCCCUACUGGUUUUCAAGAGGACUUAAGCUUUAACUGGAUUGGGACCAGUGUGUUAGCAUCAUGUCUUCAAAGUUCCAUUUCCCAAAAUGCACUGCUCCUUGUUGAUCACAGUGGCUACACUGCUGUACUUUGUUUUUUGUCUGAAUAAGGUGGAGACCCUGUUUUAGAUGGGGCAGAAAGUUUAAAGCAGAAAAUAUUCUUUUGACUGAAGUUUAUGGAGCAAAAAACUACUGUAAAUAACUUUUUGGAUUUUUUUAAUCAAUAAAGUUUUUUUAAAAAUA